AUGUAUCCGUCUCCCAUCCAAGGAUUUGUGGUUGCGUCCGACUUUGACGACGCGCCCGCCCUCGGACUCAAAAACGUGCUAGAGCCCCGCUCCCUGCCCAAAAUUUCGACUCUCAAGCAGACCUCCCCGUCAGCGCUGCACGCCCUGCAUACCCACACAGUUGAAACGCAUCUCGGCACAGCUAGUGACAGCGAGCCGUCACCAAUCUCGCCCAUCUCACCCAAGCGAUCCUUCUCGCCCCCCCAGCAGUCGCACGUGCCCCAGGUGUGGAAUCGACGCUACUCCGAAUCUUCCGCAUCCUCAGACAGACCGCUGCGACGGUUCUCAUUCGACACCGACGCGUACCAACGACAACGACGCCAGUCCGUCCAGUCCCAGGGCCCCGUUCUCAAGUGGCUGCGAAAGGCCACCGUGUUUCUCGUGGAGAUUUUCGACGAAGCCGACCCCCUGGAACCGGAAGAGGAGUUCCCUGCCCCUUCGCUUACACAUCAAAACUACAGACUCUCCUCUGCAAACAACUCCGCCAUUGAAUCCGAUAGCGAUACUGAGCUAGAGAAGAUCAAGUCGCGUGACUCCAGCAACAAGAACACAAGCACAAGCACAAGCACAAACUCGACAAACAAUAUGGAAAUCAUCUCGACCGGAAAACGCGUCUACAACUUCUUCUCGGAGCGACCUCAUUGGCUUGGCCUCUUGGCCAUCUUCACAGCUCUCCCCUUGUCAUCCCACGUGGUCUAUGAGUGGCUGCAAUGGGCCGUGAUCGGCUCAGCUGUGCUCCUGGGACCCACCUACACCGCGGGCUUCUAUCCGGUGCUGGGGUUUGUGUCCCUUGGCUUCAUGGUCAACUUCCCCGCCCAGGUGUGUGCCUUUGGCCUGUUACUAUGGCUGGCCAGAGAAUGGCACACGGUUGAAGUUAUGAGAAAGAGCAAACUGACCGAGUAA